AGUUAAUAAUAAUAAUUCCAAUAAUGAUUGAAUAAGCCCUCUUUUGUGGUAUUGGGUGUCUUCGAAUCAGUACUUCUUCAGUCACAGAGUUCAGCCACCACUUGGUGACGACUUUCUCCGGCGAAUAAACACAGUUGAGAGAGAAGAAAAUGAGUAUUGUGCCUAAGGAGACGGUCGAGGUCAUAGCACAAAGCAUCGGGAUUAAUAACUUGUCUUCAGAUGUUGCACUUGCUCUUGCUUCUGAUGUGGAAUAUCGUAUGCGUGAGAUAAUGCAGGAAGCAAUCAAAUGCAUGCGUCAUUCAAAGAGAACUACAUUGACAACAGAUGAUGUUGAUAGUGCACUCAGCCUAAGAAAUGUUGAGCCAAUUUAUGGCUUCACCUCUGGGGAUCCUUUGCGGUUCAGAAGAGCUGUCGGACACAAGGAUUUGUUUUAUGUUGAUGACAAAGAUGUAGAUUUUAAAGAUGUGAUUGAAACUCCUCUACCAAAAGCACCACUUGAUACUUCAAUUGUUUGUCACUGGCUAGCUAUUGAAGGUGUACAACCAGCGAUUCCUGAAAAUGCUCCUGUUGAAGUUAUUGUUGCUCCUCCUGAUAGCCAAAAAACUGAGCAAAAGGACGAUGGACUUCCUCUUGACAUUAAAUUGCCCAUUAAACACGUGUUAUCUAGGGAGCUCCAGCUAUACUUUGAAAAAAUCACUGAGCUUACUAUGAGUAGGUCGAAUGAAGACCUUUUCAAAGAAGCUUUAGUGAGCUUGGCCACAGACUCAGGACUUCAUCCUUUAAUUCCUUAUUUCACAUGCUUUAUUGCAGAUGAGGUUUCUCGUGGUUUGAGUGAUUUUCCUCUGCUGUUUGCUUUGAUGCGUAUUGUUUUGAGUCUUCUCCAGAAUCCUCACAUACACAUAGAACCAUAUCUUCACCAGUUGAUGCCUUCAGUUGUUACCUGCCUUGUUGCAAAAAGAUUAGGGAAUCGAUUUGCAGACAACCACUGGGAACUUAGAGACUUCACGGCAAACCUUGUUGCUUCAAUAUGCAAAAGAUUUGGACACGUUUAUAAUAAUCUCCAGACACGUUUGACAAAAACAUUGCUUCAUGCUUUCUUGGACCCAAAACGGGCAUUGACACAACACUAUGGUGCUAUUCAAGGAUUAGCGGCUCUAGGACCUAAUGUGGUCCGCCUUCUUAUACUGCCAAAUCUUGAAACAUACCUGCAAUUUCUUGAACCAGAGAUGCUUCUUGAGAAGCAAAAAAAUGAGAUGAAACGGCAUGAAGCUUGGCGUGUUUAUGGGGCCUUGCUGCGUGCUUCCGGUCAAUGUGUAUAUGAUCGGCUCAAGAUGUUUCCCCCUUUACCACCCCCAUCCACAGAUGCUGUCUGGAGGGUUAAUGGAAGGGUUAUAACCAGAAGACUGGAUAAACGCAAGGCAAGCGACGAGCAGUUGGAGCAGCAGCCUCCCUUGAAGAAAGUUGCAACGGAUGGCCCAAUGGUUGCAUUGUCAAACAACUCCUCAACAUCUGACAUGCAGAUAGAAACAAGUGUUCCUGCUUCUUUAUCUGAUUCUGAUGUGGGGCCAUCUUCAUCUUUUCGACAAUACCCGAACGACAACAUUUCUAGUAGCAGAGGUAGAAGAGACAAGGGGGACAACCAGUCUUUGAAGAUGUCGGCUUUCCUUGCUCAGGCUUGGAAGGAUGACCUGAACUCUGGCCAUCUUUUGUCGUCCUUGUUUGAGCUAUUUGGUGAAAGCAUUUUCUCAUUCAUUCCAACUUCUGAGAUGUCAUUGCUUUUGUGACAAUUUGGAGUAAACAGCCGUUGUAAGGAUUAGUUUUAAUAUUUGACGAAAUAACGAAAAAAUUCGCAUUCUUCUCUGGAAA